GAGUUAGUGUGAGUGAGUUUGAUGUCGGGGGUGUAAGGUGUAAUUGUGGCUCUCCACCCGCUUCUCCUCUCCUCUCCCCUCCCCUCUCCUCCCUUGCCUGCCUGCCUUCCUUCCUCCCUCGAUCUAUCCAUCGAUCGCAUGCGGCAGCAGCUCCACCACCACCUGCACAUGUUCUUCCAUCUGAAUCUUCGACCCCCUCUAACCCCAUUUUAGGGUUCACGAAACCCAAGCCAUCGCCGCACAUCAGCAGCAGCACCACCAUCUCUCCAUCGCAAUUUGUGUUUCCCCUACCCCAUCGCUAUGAAGACGUGCACAGAGCAUCCGAGUUUUCUGCUGCUGCUGCUGCUCGCGAUUCCUCUUCCACUGUCGCCUUUCCUACUCGUUCGCGCUUCCUCCUCGUCCCUACUGGGAAUUGCUCCGCCAGAUUUGAAGUACUUUGAAGGCUCAACGUUUUUGUGUAAGGAUGGUUCCAAGAGAGUCCCCAAGGCUCGACUGAAUGAUAAUUUUUGUGAUUGUGUGGAUGGUACUGAUGAACCUGGUACCUCAGCCUGUCCCCAAAGUAGGUUUUAUUGUAAGAACGUGGGAUACGUACCUCAGAAAAUAUACUCUUCUCGAGUUAACGAUGGUAUCUGUGACUGUUGCGAUGGAAGCGAUGAGUACAAUGGAUUUGUGGAGUGCCCCAACACGUGUUGGGAUGCAGGCAAAGCAUCUAGAGAGAAACUAGCCAAGCAGGUAAACGUCUACAAAGAAGGCGUGAAAAUAAGGCGCAGUGAAAUUGAGGGUGCCAAGAAAUUACGUCAGCAAAACGAUAUUAAAUUGGUCACUCUACGCUCUACGGAAAAGAAGUUGAGCGAUCAGGUUCAGAAACUCAAAGUGGAGAAAGAAUCUAUAGAGGAAAGGGAAAAGCGAGAACUGGCUGACCAGCAGAGAGAAACUGAAAAGGAAGCAGAAAAGAAGCGGAAGGCAGCCAGUUCGCUUCGUGAAGAAGUGAAAUCCGCUGACCAGCAAUCGAAUACCGAGUCAGGAGUGGUUGAAUCCGACAGUAAAGCUCAGAAAGCAGAUGGUGCUAGUCAUGAAACCAAAGCAGAAUGCGCUCCAACUCUGGAAGAAACCAAUGAGGAUGCGCCUGAGGUGCGGUUAACAGACCUUGAAGACGAGCCAAAAUUAGAGGCCUUAUCGAAAGAAGAUUUAGGUCGUGUUGUGGCUGCACGAUGGACUGGAGAAGAUACAACUGUUCAUGUACCUGAAGAGAACGAAAGCCGUGACCUUGAAGAAGACAGUUUUGAGGAUCAGGAUAACGAGGCCGAUCUUGAUUCUGACGCGGAAUCUGAGCAUGUUGACAGUGAAGAUGAUGAAUAUUCUUCUCCCAGCGAGGAGCAACAAGUGCCUGAAACUUCACAUGAACCAAAGAAGCUUGCCUGGUGGCAGCGUUUUAUUCCAGGGAUGAUGAAACGUUUCUACAGGAAGCCUGUGGAUAAAUCAGAAGCAGAGCGGAUUAGGAACCAGUACUCUGAAGCAACAACUCAAUUGGCCACUGUUCAACAUCAAAUUUCAGAGUUGGAGUCUAAACUGAAAGAAGACUUCGGCCCUGAGGCAGUAUUCUAUUCCUUCCACGACAAAUGUUUCGAGUUGAAAGUACAAAAAUACAACUACAAGGUUUGCCCCUUCAAGCAAGCCAUCCAGCAGGAGGGCCAUAUGUCAACACGUCUUGGCAAUUGGGAUGGUUUCAAGGAUAAUUAUACUGUCAUGAUGUUUUCAAGUGGCGACCGUUGUUGGAAUGGGCCAGAUCGAAGCUUACGUGUCAAAUUGCUUUGUGGAGUGAGAACUGAAUUGAGGAAUGUUGAUGAACCUAGCCGAUGCGAUUAUGUAGCUGAAUUGGUAACUCCCACAUUAUGCUUAGAGUCUAAGCUGCAGGUCCUUGCGAAUCUAGGUAAGGAAUUUGUAAGCAAGAAAGGACUAGUUUUGGAAAGAAAUUCGAAGAAGUGGAAACUUAAGGGAAAAGUAACUGCCCUGGAAAUGCAGAAAAAGCUGGAUAGACAACUCUCCGGUGUACAUGAUGAGCUUUAAUUUAUGGUUCAGAAUGAUAGUAGUCUGACCAGCUAGAAAGGAGUUCAAUUACAAGCUGAAAACUUUUGACUCUCAUCAGAGUAGAAUGGUUUUGCUGCCACCUUGAGUGGUAAUGAAGAUCACGUUCUGCGAGUAAAAGAAAUGUUAAAUCUUUACAAGUAGGGAGAGUCUUAAGCGCAGUUGCUACUUAUACAACUCUAUAUUGCCGCUACAUUUCCCGGCUUAAAAGAACCCUAAAUUAAAGCCCUAAACCUACCUUGCCUAUUCAGUUAUCUUGAUAACCAAUUCGGGUGUAGCAACUCUUUUAACACAAUUCAGUGACACGGAGUACAGUUUUUGCUGUUA